GCACUUCAGUUUGUCAGAGUUGUUCUUCGUUCUACUUUUCAAUGCCUGAGCCAAACGCCGACGAAACCAACAGUGUCGAAACCUCAAACGUAAAACCGACGAUACUUCCUUGUUCUCAUUCGGACAUAACUGAAAGAUCAGAACCAGUAACUGAAGAAAUAGAAGAUGAAGAAUUAAGGAAACUUUUGGUGCCAAAAAUAGAAGACCUCCCUCUCUCUCCUCCUUCUGCUGUUGAAUCCAACUUCGUCACUUAUUUUGCUCCUGAUUUUAUGAAACCUGGACAUGAUCAGUAUGUACAUCGGCAUGCUAAUGGGUUAUGUAUAAUUGGGCUGGCUACGACUCAUGUGGCUUUUAAAGAUGAAGGGGGAAUUAGUUCAGUUGAUUUCAAUGUAGGGAAGUCUGAUCGGAGUGGAAUCAAAGUUACUGGAAAGCGAAAAAAGAAUGCGCAACAUUUUGAGUCUAAUACUGCAUUAUGUAAAGUCUGCACAAAUGAUGCUUCAUAUAUUGUGAGGUGUUGUGUGAAAGGCUCUCUGUUAGAAGUCAAUGAUCGGUUAAUUAAGCAACCAGAACUGCUGAACUCAUCGGCAGACAGGGAAGGAUACAUUGCAAUUAUAAUGCCAAAGCCCGCAGAUUGGGUCAAGGUCAAGGCUACUUUGCUUGGCGCUGACGAAUACAGAGAGUUGAGAAAGGAUAUGUUGUGAACUUGUGAUAAAUGCGCAAGGUUGCAGAUCAGCUCAUUGAAGGCAGCAUUUGCAUGAUUUGAAGUUUAGACAGUUGAUAAAAGUUUGCUGAUUGAUGCAGUUCCUGCGAUGAUUCACUUUCUGCAAGAGAAAGGUCUUCAAAGCUAAACUUCUGCUUUUGGCAUACAGAAGAACAUCUUCAAAGUUGGAGACAAAUGCAUUCUUUGGGCACAAUGUCCUCAUUUCAAGGUUUACAAUUUCUCUUAGUUUAACUUAAUUAACAUUUUCAUUACUCUUUUCUGGUGUAUUAUUUGGAUGGCAUGGAGUUUUACUUGCCCCAUCGGUCCAUAAUUUCUGUUCAGAUAUGAUUAAAUAACAUAUAUGAAUUGUUAAUAUAUUAGUGUAA